AGGCCUGGGCGGGCGCGGGGCAGCGGGCCGCGGCUGUGACCCCGGGGCGCCCGGCAGCCGCUGGGGCCAAACGCUAGCAUAAGUGUCUCAGAUCACCGCCCGCCGCGGAGAGGAGACUGCGUCACGACAGGUUUAGCUGCAGGUGACAGGCCGGCGUCCACGUCACGUAUCUCGGCAACCGGGACUCCGCAGGGUGACAGCUCCCUGACAGUGGGACUUGGAGGUGGAACCGGGAAGCAGAAAGGUGGAGACCAGGCCACGGGUCACCCCAGGUUGACGGCAGAGGAUGGCGCCCACCUUGGAAGGAAGCGCCCGUGCCCUGUGGCCAGACUUCCCCAGGGGACCCCUGAGCAGGUACCGGGCCCGCGCAUCCUUCAGUGGCGCUGAGCUGCUGCUGUUCUUGGAAGGCGAGGAUGUGGUCCGCUUUAAGAAAACCAUCUUCUCGGCUCUGGAGAAGGACCCUCUCUUCGCCCGUUCCCGUGGGGCCGACCUGCCCCUGGAGAAGUACCGGGAGCUCAGCUUCCUUCAGUGCAAGCGGGUGCUGGAGUACGGCUUCUUCAGUGUGGAGGACCUGGCAGCAAGCCCGCUGAGGGUCUGGGCCCUGAUCCACUGCCUGGGCAUGUACGACUGGUCCCUGGCAACCAAGUGCUUCCUGCACCUGCUGGUUUUCGGGUCGGCAGUCUACAACUCCGGUUCUGAAAGACACUUCAAAUACAUUGAAAAGAUCUUCAACACAGAGAUUUUUGGCUGUUUCGCUCUGACUGAGCUGAGUCACGGGAGCAACACCAAGGCCAUCCGCACCACCGCCCACUAUGAUCCCGCCACCCAGGAAUUCGUCAUACAUUCGCCCGAUUUUGAAGCUGCCAAAUUCUGGGUUGGCAACAUGGGCAAGACGGCGACUCACGCGGUGGUGUUUGCCCAGCUGUACAUGCCAGGGGGCCAGUGCCACGGGCUGCACUCCUUUGUGGUGCAGAUUCGGGACCCGAAGACCCUGCUUCCCAUGCCAGGGGUGAUGGUUGGCGACAUAGGGAAGAAGCUUGGGCAGAAUGGGCUGGACAAUGGAUUCGCCAUGUUCCACAAGGUCAGGAUUCCUCGUGAGGACCUCCUGAACAGGACAGGGGAUGUCACCCCUGAGGGCACCUAUGUCACCCCCUUCAAGGACACCAGGCAGCGCUUCGGAGCGUCGCUGGGCAGCCUGUCCUCGGGCCGGGUGUGCAUCAUCGGCAUGUCGGUGGUGAACCUGAAGCUGGCCGUGUCCAUCGCGCUCCGCUUCUCGGCCACUCGGUGUCAGUUUGGACCAACGGAGGAGGAGGAGGUCCCCGUGCUCGAGUACCAGCUGCAGCAGUGGCGCUUGCUCCCCUACCUGGCGGCUGCCUAUGCUUUGGACCACUUCUCCAGAUCGCUCUUCCUGGACCUGAUGCAGCUGCAGCGAGGCCUGAUGCGGGGGGACCACGGGCCCAGGCAGACAGAGCUCGGGCGCGAGAUCCAUGCUCUGGCAUCGGCCGGCAAGCCUCUGGCCUCAUGGACUGCCCAGCAAGGAAUCCAGGAGUGCCGGGAGGCCUGCGGUGGACACGGCUAUCUGGCCAUGAACCGCCUGGGUGACCUCAGGAAUGACAACGACCCGAACUGCACGUACGAAGGUGACAACAACGUCCUGCUGCAGCAGACGAGCAGCUACCUGCUGGCCAUCCUGGAGCACUGCGGGCCAGACGGAGCUCGCUUCAGAAGCCCGCUGCGGACCGUGGACUUUCUGGAGGCCCACCCCAGCAUCCUCAGCCAGAGGCUCACAGGCACCCACCAAGCGGACUGGCUGGACUCUGCAGCCCCCCUGGCUGCGUACAAGUGGCUGGUGUGCUACUUGCUCCAAGAGAGUCAUCAGAAGUUAAUUCGAGAGAGGAGGUCCCAGAGCAGUGACUUCGAAGCAAGAAACAACAGCCAGGUGUACCACUGCCGCUCGCUGGCCCUGGUCUUCCUGGAGCUCACCGUGGUGCAGCGGUUCCACGCCUACACGCACGGCCCUGGCGUGCCGUCCUCACUGCGGGCUGUGCUGGGGCGGCUCAGCGCUCUCUACGCCCUGUGGUCGCUGAGCCGGCACACGGCUCUGCUCUAUCGAGGUGGAUACUUCUCUGAUGAGCACACAGGGACACAGAUGGAGAGCGCCAUCCUGGACCUGUGCACACAGCUGAAAGACGACGCGGUUGCCCUGGUGGACGUGAUCGCUCCUCCUGACUUUGUUCUGGACUCACCGAUCGCCAGGGCUGACGGCGAGCUCUAUAAAAACCUCUGGAACGCCAUCCUGCAGGAGCGCGGGGUGCUGGAGCGCCCGUCGUGGUGGCCAGAGUUCUCUGGGAACAAACCCGUGGUGGGCAGCCUCCGGGCCAAGCUGUAGCCGCGCUGGCUGCAGCGCCCCAUGUAGCCCAGCGGACAUGGCCACCAAGCUGGCUCCGUAGACGCCCAGAUGGCCCCUUCUCCAAGCUCCAGUGCCACACCGUGCCCAGCGCUGAUGGCUCUGCACCCAGGUUGAGCAGCAUUGCCCGGGGGGGGUGUCUGGGUCCCCAGCUGCUGUGUGGAAAGGGACCUCGCGUGGUCACUGGAGUCCACACCUCCUUCCUGGGCUCAGGUCCCCGACUCAGUGGCCACUCACUGUCCAGGCCUUCUGACCCCCAUGGGCAUCACAAGCCUCAGCUUCUCCCGGGACUCCCUGGCUCUUCGGCGCCAGCUGGGCGGCCACGUGACUGUGCCCUGACCUCCUUAGCUCAUACCAUAGGCCCUCUGCACGACUCGGCGUGAGGCCUCAGGGGAGAACCCUGGGUCACUGCUCUUGGUGCAUCUGGAAGUUUCCAUUGAGGACAUUUCCCAAAGCUGCAGAGCACAGGGGUGUGAGCGCGGGCGGCAUCGUGGCCCACUGUGGACGGGCAGUGCCCAGGGCUUCCUGCUGAGCGUUCCUCAUGGACCUUUCCAUAGAGAGGCGUCCCCACCUGGCCACAGUUAAAUGAGCGCUUCAUGCUUUCUCAGGGUGUGGUCUACUGUGCCCAUCUCCUCCUCCUCUCAGAGAAAAUGGGAGGGAAGAUCCCAGACCCUCAGCAGCCUGGAGGGUCUGCUCUGAACGCAGACCUGCGUGGUAACCACGGUGCUGCCAGUGCCCCGCCAGUCACACCUCACGUGGCCUGCCCAGGCUCAGAGGCCGGGUCCCCCGCUCAGCCAUCCUGCCUGGGCUCCCAGCCAAGGCCACUGCAUCUCUACCUGGUGCCCCUCGUCGGACACCGUAGCUGUACAUUCACUGAUGGGGCUUCUCUGCCCAGAUCCAUGGCCUUUCCGCACCGUGAGGAGCAGGCCCUGAGUCCUCCUGUCCCCCUGCCUGAGUGGGAGUCCCGGUGCCCUCCCGCCUUAGCACACCAGGCCCAGCCCUCCCUGUCCAGCAAGAGAGCCCGCCUUACCUGGGCACCUGGGGGGAUCCUUGUGCUUUGCCUUUUCUUUUCUACCUUCAAUCAGGCGGGACCUUGGCUUGCCGCCUGUCCUUGGGUUGGAAGCCACUGUCCUUUCAUCAACAGGACAUGGCAGUUGUCCAAGAUCAGGAAAAGGCUGUAUCUGGCACUGACUCAGGGAGGCUCUCUGCGUGUGCCGCCAGGUCCCUGCGUGUCCCUGUUCUCAUGUGCAGCUGUGAGAAGCUCCCAGGGCAGGGGUGGCUCACUGUCCACGGGGUUUGACCGACCAUCAGUAUGCAGGUGUCAUCUGCCCUUCCACGGACAUGACGCCCACCCACAGGCCUGCUCGGGCCACCUGCCGGCUCCACCCCAGUCCUGUGGGCACACUGGACCUGAGGGCAAGGGGGCAGGGUUAAGGGCAGAGGUGGUGUUAUGGAGUCAGCUUGUAAGUAGAGAUCAUUUAGAAGAUAGAACAUUUUGAAAGCAACAGUAAAAAUUUGAAUAAUUGGAAUAAAACGUUUAAUCUUAA